AAGUCAGUUUGUGUAACACUUGUUUGUUGGACGAUCAGAUCCAAACCUGCAAUCUCUACACUCGAGAAUCACACACAGAAUAUCAGAUGGCGUCAGCUUUGUACCUAGAGAACUUUUUAGAAAGUAUUGAGACACUCCCCCAGGAGUUACAGAGAAACUUCACUGUGUUACGGACCCUGGACCAGAAGACAGAAGACAUCAAGUCUGAGAUCGAUCAAUCUUCACAGAAGUAUCGUUUGGAGGUAGAAGGGUUAAACGAAACUGAGAGAGGGAAGGAGUUAAGUGCAAUACAGGAUAUGUUUAAGAAGGCCAUUGAGAACAGCGAUAACAAAGUACAGAUGGCCAUGCAGAUGUACGAGAUGGUGGACAAGCACAUUCGUCAUCUGGAUAGUGAGUUGUCUCGGUUUGAGCAUGAGCUCCAGUUGAAAGACCCCCACCAUAGGAGGACGUCUACUGGUUCUGUGGUAGACCUGCAGAUGCAACAUAAGGGACGGAAGCGUACUGGAGGCAGUGAGAGCAGUGGAGGGGUUAGGAAGAAGAAGGCACUCUCAGUAUCAGUGGACGACCCAGAUCUCUACACACACACACACAGGCCAGGCCCUCCGACCACACCCCUUUCUGCUGGGGCUAUCGGGGCUAUCCUCCCCUCGACCAACCCCACUGAUGUGCUGGAUAUGCCGGUGGAUCCCAAUGAGCCGACCUACUGCCUCUGUCACCAGGUGUCAUUCGGAGAGAUGAUAGGAUGUGAUAAUGCUGACUGUCCUAUUGAGUGGUUUCACUUUCAAUGUGUGGGACUCACAGCCAAGCCAAAAGGGAAAUGGUACUGUACCAGGUGUACACAAGACAAAGACAAGUUCAAGAAAAAGUACUGAACUUUAAUAACUUUGUAGUUCAUUUCCAUUAUGAUACAGUAUAAUCGCAUUUCAGUUGCGUUUGAA